ACCUGCUUUUCCAUUUAUCGGGGGCAUCAGCUGGAAGUCUUUUGUUAUCCUGCUCAUCACGGCCAGCCGACAGGACAAAUACCGAGCAUGAAGUCCGUCACUUAACAAGGAGCUUUCAGGGUUUUCGGGUCACAGCGGCUGCCGAAAAGACUAAGUAAGGAGGCGCUGCCCUCGUCAGCUGGACCACAAAAGAGGGGAGGCACACCGGGACUGGGCUUCAGAAUGACCGGGGGUCCGAGGAAGAGGAGCAGCAGCAGCAGCAGCAGCAGCGGCGGCGGGGGGGCCGGGUGCGGUCAGUCACAACCCCCAGACUCCCCGUCAGGUGAUGGGGGAGAUGCAGGAGCAAGCUCCGGCGUGGCUCUGAAGAAACAGAUUGGCCUAGUCAGUGCCUGUGGCAUCAUAAUCGGCAAUAUUAUUGGAUCAGGGAUUUUUGUGAGUCCUAAAGGGGUCCUGGAGAAUGCCAGCUCAGUGGGUGUGGCCAUCAUUGUGUGGGUUUCCACUGGAGUCAUCACAGCCAUCGGCGCUCUCUGCUAUGCAGAGUUGGGCGUGACCAUCCCCAAGUCGGGGGGAGACUACUCCUAUGUAAACGACAUCUUUGGGGGACUAGCUGGCUUUCUGCGCCUGUGGAUCGCAGUGCUGGUUAUCUACCCAACAAACCAGGCUGUGAUCGCUCUCACCUUCUCGAACUACAUCCUGCAGCCUCUCUUCCCCAACUGCCUCCCCCCAGAGAACGGCCUCCGGCUACUGGCUGCUGUCUGCCUGCUGUUGUUGACCUGGGUGAACUGCCACAGUGUGCGCUGGGCCACAUGUGUACGUGUCUUCACUGCUGGCAAGCUUUUGGCUUUGGGCCUCAUCAUAAUCAUGGGUUUCGUCCAAAUAUGCAAAGGUCACUAUUACUGGUUGGAGCCAGUACACGCCUUGGACUUCCGAGACUAUGAUGUUGGUCUGGUAGCUCUGUCCUUCCUACAAGGCUCCUUUGCUUAUGGAGGCUGGAACUUCCUCAACUACGUCAGGGAGCUGGUUGACCCAUACAGGAAUCUACCUCGUGCAAUCUUCAUCUCUAUUCCUGUGGUCACCUUUGUUUACGUGUUUGCCAACGUGGCCUACGUCACAGCCAUGAGCACACAGGAGCUGCUGGCUUCUAAUGCUUGGUCGUACAUUUGGAAAAAAUUGCUAGGAGUAAUGUCAUAUAUGCCCAUCUCUGUGGCGCUCUACUUCGGGGGAGUCAAUGGCUCCCUCUUCACGUCGUCUCGGGCUGUUUUCGCCGGAGCGAGGGAAGGCCACCUCCCACGUCUGCUGGCCAUGAUUCCGUCACAAGCUGCCUCCAAUCCCAGCAUUAUUGUUUACUUUGAUCUCUACUCUGCGAUGUUGUGCACCAGUGACAUUUACACACUCAUAAACUACGUGGGUUAUCAAUACCUUUUCUAUGGCGUCACUGUCGCUGGGCAGAUUGUGCUGCUCAAAGAGCCCAACCUGUAUCGACCCAUCAAGGUAAACCUUGUAUGGCCAGUCAUCUACCUGUUGUUCUGGGCCUUCCUGCUGGUCUCUCUCUACUCCGAGCCAUUGGUCUGUGGUACCGGCCUGGCUAUCAUGAACGGUGUCCCUGUAUAUUUCCUGGGAGUCUACUGGGAAAACAAGCCAGAGUGUUUGUGA